AUGACGAACAACAUGUCCUAUUCCUCUGGCCAAUACCUCCCUCCUCCUCCCCAAUACUACCACCAGAGCCCGACGCUCAGCAACCCCGUGCACAUCGUUCCGCCCCCACCGUCGCGCCCCGAAGUUGCCCAGCGCAAGCGCCCCAAGUACACCAGGAGUAAGACGGGUUGCCUGACAUGUCGUGUCAAGAAGAUCAAGUGCGAUGAAACCAAGCCGAGCUGCAUGCGUUGCACGCAUGGCUCAAGAGACUGCACAUGGCCAGAAGGUGUCCCCACUCGCAAGAAGAGUGCAGCCAGAAAGGAUUCUCUUGAUGAACGGCCUUCGACGGCAGGAUCAUCAGGUUUGUCAGAGGCCUCGACGCCACCCACUCGCGAGCAUACACCACCCCGGAGACAUCAGUCGGAGCUCAACCUAGUGCCCCUUCCGUCCCGGUCUUCGAGUGACUCCUUCGUUGGGAUGGAUUCCGUGGCCUCCGAGCAUGAUUCUGGCCGUCGUCCUAUUGAGCGUGCAUCCAGCUACUCCCACUCCCACCCUUCCUCCAACACGCUUUCCAUGAUCCCCGAGAGUGCAUACUCCCCCCGCUACGACUACCUCGGAAGUGGCGCAAACCAGUCCUCCCGCCACAACAUGUCUGCCCCCUACCGUCCUCUUUCCUAUCAACCACCGAGCCAUUGGAGCGCCCCUCCAGAACCAUUGGACCCUUACUACCACGGUCAUUACAACAGUGGAAUCCAGGACAGACCACUGGUGGGGCACAACUCCCCAAACGACCACUCACACAAUAGAUACCAAUAA